CCCGUGGUGCUCUUGCUCCCGCUGCAGUUGCUGUUGCUGCAUCGCUUGCCGUAGCCCUCUUCCUGCCUGAGGCGUUCCGUGGACCCCCCCUUCACACAGCUCUUUUGCCAUCUCCGCGAUGCCCCGCUCCGUGGCCGCGCUCUUGCUCCUGGCGCUCCCGCGCGCCCUGGGGCUCCAGCUCCAGGAGGGCGCGGAUCCGGAUCCAGAGCAGGCGCGGGAGGACGAGCUGAAGUACUCGACGGUCACCGGGCCAGCCUCGGGCGACCCGAAGAUUCUGGGACUGUACGGCAAGCGGUUCCAGAUCCACCGCCCAGGAGAUCACGCGCUGCUGGUUGUGCCCAACGCCAAGAAGCGCCACGGCAGCCUGCUGGAGGUGUCGGCUCUGGUUAAGGAGCUGGAGAUCGGGGACCCGUGCCUGCUGUUCAUCAAGAAGAUCACCCUGACCGGCAGCUGGCUCGGCGGCACGACCGUGCAGGUGCGCGCGCAGGGCACCAGCUCCGACUUCGCGCUGAAGGUGGACCCGAAGAAGCACGACAGCCCCUGGAAGCCCUUCAAGAACAUGACCGGGUGGGAGCAGUUCAUCCACAAGGACGAGGGUUCCGGCAUGGUCACCACGGUUAAGGGCGUGAUCGGCAGGCGCGAGGGCCACAGCGAGGACAUCAAGGGGCCCUUCGAGCACCGCUUCCUGUUCCGCGUGGGCACAGAGGACCAGAAGGCCAAGAAGCUCGAGAUCGACGUUUCGAUGCCGAAGCCCGGGCGUCAGUACUUGACCGUCAAGGUGGCGCACGUGAAGGGUCUCGGUGAGGAGAGGAGCAAGAGCCUGCAGGGCCUCCUGGGGCUCGACAGCAAGGCAGUGACCAAGUCCUACGAGACCCACCAGAAGAGCCUGGAAGUCCGCGAGGAGUGCAAGGACUCGGCCACCGGGACCAAGGCGUCCGAGCUGCUGGCACUGUCUGGCGGCCUUUCUCGCGCCAUCGCCCACUGGGAGUGAGCGCGGCCGCGUCCAGCUGCAACACGGCCUUUGAUCAGGAUGUGCAUUUUGAGUAUUGGAACCUUCUGCUAUGAAGGCAGCGCGUGAACCUCAAGCAGUUGUUCCAUGUGUGUGCGCACUAUACGGUGAGCAAGCUUGUUCAGCAACUUAGAAAGCGCCUUCCACAGACAGCGGCGUGCCCUGUGCAACUUGUGGGGCAACUUAAGGCGUGCUA